AUGAUUCACUUUCUGGCACUAUUUAGUCGCCAAGGCAAAGUGAGACUUCAGAAAUGGUUCAUUUCCUAUACCGAGAAAGAAAAAAAGAAUAUUUUGCGAGAAGUUAUGGCUUUGGUUCUCGCUCGCAAACCGAAAAUGUGUUCUUUUCUUGAAUGGAAGGAUAUGAAACUAGUCUAUCGGCGGUAUGCAAGCCUAUAUUUUCUCUGUGCAAUUGAACCUGGGGACAACGAGCUCCUUACACUAGAAAUAAUUCAUCGCUAUGUCGAAAUUCUUGACAAAUAUUUUGGAAAUGUUUGCGAAUUGGAUAUAAUUUUCCACUUUGAAAAAGCCUAUUUCGUUCUCGAUGAGUAUCUCUUUGCCGGUGAGGUUCAAGAAACCGGUUAUCGAAGUAUAAUGGCGGCCAUCGAUGCCCAGGAUAUGCUUCAAGAGGACGAAGUCCCCCAAAGCUUCUUUGAAGAUCAGAGCCUAAAUUGA